UUUAUAUAUCAAUAAUUUGAGAUCUGAUAUUUUUUUACCUUGGGUAAUGGUGAUCUUUUGUUUGGUUGGUAAUUCUGAACUUUGUGAAGAUGUUCCUGCACCAGGUAAAGACUCUGCUGAUAUUAAAGUUGACGUAACAGAAGAGUUUCUUGAAAGUGUAGAAAAUGAAAAGCAUAUUCAAAUAGAUGGAAUCUGA